AUCCUUUUCCACCUUUGUCUCACCUUUGCCAUGGCAAAACCAGUCUUACAUUUUCCGUUGAAAGGGAAUAAAAAAUUCCACCAUCGUCUCGCUCACCCCUUCAUGCAUUGCGCUAAAAACAAGAGCUAGAAGUUAAAAGAAACCACGAGGCCACACCAACUAGCCCAUGUUCUUUUCGUCUUUUGCCCAAAUAAACUAACAUUUCCUCUGAUUUUUUGGGCAUUUUGUUUUUUUUAGCUCUGAAUGAUAUUUACCAGUGAAGAAAAUCGGCCAGACUGUGACCUGAGCCAGACUAAUUUCGACCCACAAUGACCGGAGGAGGAAACCGGAAGGUAGCGGCGGCAUAUGCUAGCGGAGGAGCUCACCCGAGAAAGAAAUCAAAGCAAAGCAGCUCUUUACGGCUUCCCCUAGGGGCGUUCAGAAAACUGCUGGGGCUUCUCUUUUUGGGAUUUUCAGCAUGGUUCUAUCAUGUGAUUCAACCUCCUCCUCCCAAGAUAUGUGGCUUACCUGGUGGCCCUCCCAUUACAGCACCAAGAAUAAAGCUCAGCGAUGGAAGGCAUUUGGCUUACAAGGAGCAUGGUGUGCCAAAAGACAAAGCCAAGUACAAAAUUGUCUCAGUCCAUGGCUUUGAUUCUUGCAGGCAUGACACUACUGCUGCCCGAGCCCUUUCUCCGGUGCAUUUUGAUGGGGAACUUAUUGAAGGCUUGGGAAUCUACAUUCUGUCUUUUGAUAGACCUGGUUAUGGAGAGAGUGAUCCUGACCCGAAGAGGACGGUGAAGAGCGCGGCUAUGGACAUAGAAGAGCUUGCAGAUCAAUUGGCAUUGGGAUCAAAAUUCUAUGUUAUGGGAGGUUCCAUGGGUGGGAUAAUAGUUUGGAGCUGUCUGAAGUACAUUCCAAAUAGGCUGGCGGGGGCAGUACUAAUAGCUCCAGUUAUCAACUAUUGGUGGCCAGGUCUUCCUGCAAAUUUAUCUAAUGAAGCUUUCAAAUGGAAACCAUUGCAAGACCAAUGGGCUCUAAGUGUUGCUCACUAUACUCCUUGGCUUACAUACUGGUGGAACACACAGAAAUGGUUUCCUGCUUCGAGUAUUAUCACUCACAAUCCCAACAUUCUUUCUCCUAGCGACAAAAAUCUCAUUCUUAAGCUCUCAUUCAGACGCCAGUAUAUGGCUCAGAUUAGACAACAAGGUGAAUAUGAAUCCCUCCAUCAGGAUUUGAAUGUUGGAUUUAGCAGCUGGGAGUUCAGUCCUCUGGACCUAAAAAAUCCAUUUCCUCACAAUGACGGAUCAAUCCACAUAUGGCAGGGAGACGACGAUAGGGUCGUGUCUCCUAAACUGCAACGCUGCAUUGCUGAAAAGCUCCCAUGGAUUCGCUACCACGAGGUACCGGGUGCUGGACACUUGUUCUCUUAUGCUGAUAAUGUUUAUGAUUCUAUAAUCACUGCUCUUUUGCUUGAAGAGAAAUGAGCAUAUUUGAGCAUGUUUUCUGGUCUUUGUGGGAUUUUCUUAGAACUCAAGUACACUGUUGUAUGACUAAUAGAACAGAUCUCGUUCAAAGUAAGGUUGGUUCUGGUCGUGUGGGAUUUAUGAGUUAUUAGGAGAAUGCUAUUUCUGCUUUGUAUCUCCUUCACUCAAAGUGUCAACUUGGACUUAAUGGUUCACCCUUGAACUUGCUAUAUAUUGAGUUUCAGUGAA